GAAGAGAGAAGAGAAGAAUCAAAGGAAAGAAAGGAUAAUGAAGGCAACAGUAAGGUACUUAGCUGGAAUAGCAGGGCCAAGUGGUUUUGGCUCUAACUCUACCGCUGAACAAGUCACUCUUCAACAUCAUUCUUCCUCUUGCAAUCUAACCGCUCUCAUAACUGGAGCAAGUUCUGGAAUUGGAGCUGAAACAGCAAGGGUGUUAGCAAAGAGAGGAGUGAAAGUAGUUAUUGCAGCGAGAGACCUAAAGAAAGCAAAAGAUGUGAUAGAGAAUAUUCGAAAAGAGACACCAAAUGCUGAGGUUAUUCUAUUGGAGAUUGAUCUUAGCUCCUUUGCUUCUAUUCAGAGAUUUUGUUCCGAGUUCUUAGCUUUGGAACUCCCCCUCAAUAUUCUCAUAAAUAAUGCAGGAAUAUUCUCUCCAAAUCUUGAGUUCUCUGAAGAUAAAUUUGAAAUGACAUUUGCUACAAAUUACUUAGGACAUUUUUUGUUAACGAAGAUGCUAUUAGAGAAAUUGAUAGAUACAGCAAAGAAGACAGGCAUUGAAGGAAGAAUAAUAAACGUUUCCUCUGUCAUCCAUAGCUGGGUGAACAGAGGCUGUUUUCGCUUCAAUGACAUGCUUGCCGGAAAAAACUAUAAUGGCACACGCGCAUAUGCUCAGUCAAAAUUGGCCAGCAUUCUACAUGUGAAGGAAAUGGCUAGACAGCUCAAGGCACGGAAUGCUAGAGUAACUAUCAAUGCAGUUCAUCCAGGAAUCGUGAAGACUGGGAUUAUUAGAGCUCACAAGGGCUUAAUUACGGAUUCCAUAUUUUUCAUUGCAUCCAAAUUACUCAAAUCAAAAUCACAGGGUGCGGCAACCACAUGUUAUGUUGCUCUAAGUCCCCAAGCAGAAGGAGUGAGUGGGAAAUAUUUCACAGAUUGCAAUGAAUGUAACUGCUCAAGUCUUGCAAGCAAUGAAUUCGAAGCACGAAAGCUAUGGAACAACACACAUGCCUUGCUUCACAAGCGACUCCGUCAAGCAGCAACUUGAAGCAAUUGUUCACCCUUUCUCUGGACCUAGUAGCCUGGACUCUACACAUCAUGUAUAGCAGCCAUUAGAGAGCUUUCAAAGGCAGCCAAAAAGACAUCACAAUGAAGGCGCUUUAGAAUAAUAUAGUCCCCUUCUGUACGUAGCUCUACAAUCAUUCAUUGUACAAAUAAAAUAGAACAGAACAUAAAUCCUGUCCCACUCAGUAUAAAUAAAAUGAUAGUUGACCUACUCAAAUAUGGGAAUG